AUGAGCAGGUUUGCAGAGAAACUGCUGGCCUGAAAUUUAAGACGAAGGCAUCAUUGCCUGGCUCUGGCUGAGAACAUGGCCAAUGGCAUCGACGAACUCAUCGGCAUUCCCUUCCCCAACCACAGCAGCGAGGUCCUGUGCAGCCUGAACGAGCAGCGGCAGGACGGCCUGCUCUGCGACGUGCUCCUCGUGGUGCAGGAGCACGAGUACCGCACCCACCGCGCCGUCCUGGCGGCCUGCAGCAAGUACUUCAAGAAGUUGUUCACGGCCGGCGCCCUGGCCAGUCAGCCAUACGUCUACGAGAUCGACUUUGUCCAGCCCGAGGCCCUGGCUGCCAUCCUGGACUUCGCCUACACCUCCACGCUCACCAUCACCGCCUCCAACGUCAAGCACAUCCUCAACGCCGCCAGGAUGCUGGAGAUCCAGUGCAUCGUGAAUGUGUGCCUGGAGAUCAUGGAGCCCGGCGGGGACGGCGGGGAGGAGGACGACAAGGAGGACGACGACGACGACGAGGAUGACGAUGAUGAGGAGGACGAGGAGGAAGAGGAGGAGGAAGAGGAAGAAGACGAAGAUGAUGACACCGAAGACUUCGCCGACCAAGAAAACUUGCCCGACCCCCAGGACAUCAACUGCCACCAAAGCCCCUCCAAGACGGACCAUCUCACGGAGAAGGCCUAUUCCGACGCACCCAGGGACUUCCCCGAUUCCUUCCAGGCCGGCAGCCCCGGCCAUCUGGGCGUCAUCCGGGACUUCUCCAUCGAAUCCUUGCUGAGGGAGAACCUGUACCCCAAAGCCAACAUCACUGAUAGGAGACCCUCCUUAUCUCCGUUCGCCCCUGACUUCUUCCCGCACCUCUGGCCGGGGGACUUCGGUGCCUUUGCCCAGCUGCCUGAGCAGCCCAUGGACAGUGGGCCGCUAGACCUGGUCAUCAAGAACCGGAAGAUCAAGGAGGAGGAGAAGGAGGAGCUGCCCCCGCCCCCACCGCCCCCCUUCCCCAACGACUUCUUCAAGGACAUGUUCCCCGACCUUCCCGGGGGGCCGCUGGGCCCCAUCAAGGCGGAGAACGACUACGGUGCCUAUCUCAACUUCCUGAGUGCCACCCACCUGGGGGGCCUCUUCCCGCCCUGGCCGCUGGUGGAGGAGCGCAAGCUGAAGCCCAAGGCCUCUCAGCAGUGCCCCAUCUGCCACAAAGUCAUCAUGGGGGCCGGGAAGCUGCCGCGGCACAUGAGGACCCACACCGGGGAGAAGCCAUACGUGUGCAACAUCUGUGAGGUCCGCUUCACCAGGCAGGACAAGCUGAAGAUCCACAUGCGGAAGCACACGGGGGAGCGGCCCUACCUGUGCAUCCACUGCAACGCCAAGUUCGUGCACAACUACGACCUCAAGAACCACAUGCGCAUCCACACGGGCGUGCGGCCCUACCAGUGCGAGUUCUGCUACAAGAGCUUCACGCGCUCCGACCACCUGCACCGCCACAUCAAGCGCCAGAGUUGCCGCAUGGCCCGGCCCCGGCGCGGCCGCAAGCCCGCCGCCUGGAGGGCCGCCAGCCUGCUCUUCGGGCCCGGAGGCCCCGCGCCGGAGAAGGCGGCCUUCGUGAUGCCGCCCGCGCUGGGCGAGGUGGGCGGCCACCUGGGCGGGACGGCCGUGUGCCUCCCCGGCCCCAGCCCCGCCAAGCACUUCCUGGCGGCGCCCAAGGGCGCGCUGAGCCUGCAGGAGCUGGAGAGGCAGUUCGAGGAGACGCAGAUGAAGCUGUUCGGGCGCGCGCAGCUGGAGGCCGAGAGGAACGCGGGGGGCCUCUUGGCCUUCGCGCUGGCCGAGAACGUGGCGGCCGCGCGGCCCUACUUCCCGCUGCCCGACCCGUGGGCCGCGGGCCUGGCCGGCCUCCCCGGGCUCGCCGGCCUCAACCACGUGGCCUCCAUGUCUGAAGCCAACAACUAGGCUGGUCUUUGUCGAUCCCAGUCCAGCGGCCCUUGCCCCUCUCCCACCAGGCGUCCCCUGCCCUACCCAGUGGGUCUGGACUGUUUCUUUCAAAUCACAAAGGAAAAGAACGAAAACGUAUUAGCAGCAGCAGUGGUAUUUUCUAGGCCUCCCAAGGCCUCCUGCAUCCCUUUUGGUGGUGUCUGAGGUGGGCAUCUCCUCCCACAGGGCCUGGCCUCUACCUGGCUGUCUCUCCAGCUGUCACGCACAAACUCACAGGGACCCGUGCCCCGAGGAGGCCACACCCUGGGUGCCCAGGAGCACUCUGGAGCUGUGUGUGGGGCUCGAUGGAGGAUGGUAGCUUGGCCAGAGGCAGACCAGGUGGAACAGGGACGAGGCCUACCAAGGGGCCUGGGGCGCCCAUCCUAGCUGAGCCACCAUUCUACGGCAGAGUCCCUGCUGACCCUGCUCUGGUGGGUCACUUUUCUCGUCUCCAGCCGUCCCGGGAUCCUUGUGGGAAAUGCCCUAUUGGCAGGGAAGGCUCCUGGAGUCCAGGCCCAUUUUUCCUCACCGUCCUGUGACCUUGGACGGGUCGGUCGUCUCUACCCUGCUCCGAAGGGGAGCUGGCAAUUUAGUUUCCCCUCUUGCACCCACCCCCACACAUAUACACACCUGUCCCGC